AUGGCAGGGGCUGCUCUCAAGAGGCUUAUGGCUGAGUAUAAACGUAAGUCGGCCCGAAAAGUUCGAAAUUUCGUACUGAUUCUUAUUUGUAACAGUUCGUAAUUUUUCCCACCUAGGUUCAAAAAAUAUAAUUUUGCUAGAAAACUUAAAAAUUUGUGUAGUUUAGAAACUGAUCAUCUGAAUGUUUAGUCGUAAAUGUAGACAAUGACGUAGGUUAUUUAUUUCUGAGCUCGGGAACUGUUUAAAUACUGCUCACGUGAAAUGAAUAGGUCUGAAAUUAGAAAAUGAUAUGUCAAAACAGUUAAAAUGUGUGUAACUACAGAAUAAGAUUUCAAUCCGUCACAUCAUUGCAUCUUGUUAUAUUCGAAAAGCGCUUCAUUACCGGUAGUCAGAGUUAGCGUUGAAUAAUAGCCAAUCGAUAUUUUAAACUCUCAUUGGGUCCAUCCCAAGGAAACGAAAAAUGGCAGCAAAUUAAUACUCUUGAAUGAACUAAUAACAGUUGAACUAAUAACAAUUGAAGACUUUAAUUAAAUUGUGUUUCAAUUCAACAGAGCUAACCCUGAACUCUCCAGAAGGUAUUCUUGCAGGUGUGUUGUCUGCUAAGUUUCUUUUAGUUGAUAACAGUUAUUUGGGUGUUAAAUAUAUUUGAUGAUACAUGUAUGUUGAUUUUUUUUGUGGAAUCUCAAAUUAAUUUGUAUGCUUGGUUAAAGGAGGGGAGAAAAAUUUCUAGAGAACUUUAAACUAAAAUGAUAAUUUUUCUAAAAUUGGUUUUCUCUUUUGCUUAUUCCAAGUGAAAAUCAAUAUAUAAAUAAAACUAAUUGCUAAAUAAUUCAAUUAAACAAUGGUUUUUUGUUUGUUUAAAGGACCACUAUCUGAGGAAAACUUUUUUGAAUGGGAGGCUUUGAUAACGUAAGUGAGAAAAUUUUUGUUAUUGUUAUGUGUUAUUGUGAUAGCAUGAUAAACACUGGAUAAUGGGGUGAUAGUUGGUUCACUGUUUAGUUUUUGGGUUGGAUAAUUUUCAUUGUGUCUCUUCUUGUCUAGAGGAGUAUGAAUGGAAACCUCUCAAUUGUCAGGGAAACCUCAAAAUAUUCAGUUCUGAACUACAUGUAGCAUCCCCUCUACAGAAAGAAAUAAUUACUAUCCAUAGUCACUGUUGUCAAGGAACUGUGAAACUCUGUAUCGGUCAAUUGGACUGAAUUUCUUGUUUCCCCAUCUUUUCAUGUAUUGAAUAAAGUGAAGGAAAGGAAUUGAAAGAAGCACCACACAAGUGGUGUUCUCCUCUGCUGCCCUCAAGGUUAAAUUAGAGUUUUGGAUUGUUAGUGUUUGUGGAGGAAAGUAAAUAAGAGAACCUUGAAAACCUUCUAGGCAAGGAUGAGAACCAAAAAUAAACUCAACCUACAUGUGAUGGCAGGUCCUUGAACCUCCUGUGGAGGGAAUGCUGGCCACUACGGAGUGAGGCAAGCAGGCUAACCACAGUGUCAUAUUUGCCCCAACUGUUAUAAGUUUACAGGAGUCUGAGUCAAUCUUUGUUUCUUUAUAGAGGCCCAGAAGGAACUCCAUUUGAAGGAGGUGUUUUUACCACAAGACUUGUGUUCCCUCCUGAUUAUCCUUUGAGUCCUCCAAAAAUGAAGUUCACAUGUGAAAUGUUCCAUCCUAAUGGUAAGUAAUAUUAAAGUACUGUUGUAUGACCUUAAAAAUGGGACUGAACAAGCUUUGCAAAGUCCUUUUACAAUGGGAAAUUCAUUUUUUAGAUGCCCUCAGAUCUACAAUCAUGAAAUCAAAACCUAUUAAGACAAUUUGUUCACAGACACACUGUAUACGAAAUGGAUAAAGGGGGUAAGUUUCAUAAGAAACUAUACUGCUGGUCAAUGGGGUAGUAUAACAAGAUUAUUCAGUUUCAUCAACUGUGUUGAUAAUGUAAACUGGCCCCUGUAUCUACUGUAUCAUGUGAUAUAACAGAGCACCCCUCUUCCCCAUCCUUUGUCAAUGUUGCUGUACCUUGGUUACCUAUUAAGUAUGUUUUCUAUGGAAAACUAAAUGCACCCUGAUCAAGUGUUAAAAGGUAAUACAUGCAGAUAUUUUGUGGGUUGGGUAGAAUUUUCAACUGCUUCACAGGGGCAAAGGAAAAUUUGUACAAUGAGCAAAUUAUUCUCAUGUAUCAUACGUUUAUCUGUGGAGUAUGAGAUUUAUCAUGAUUCCACUUAUUAUUCAUUAUAUUUGCUUUUGGUUUUUAAUCACAAAAUUCAUCUUGCUGAAUUAUCUGAGAGUUGUAUCUCUUACUUGAGGGGAGUGCAGAAGAAGUUAUCAGAACGAACUAAAUCAUCUCAGUGUCCUUCUACAUAUAUGUACAUUGUAUCUCCUGAUAAUUGGAGGCCUUACAAGGCUCCACAGUCAGAGGUAGUGUUGUGUUCCUUGAAUGAAGAUGGUGUCUCAUAGGACAUGUUACCUCACAGUGUGCUUAUUUAUAAUUUUGGUGCACCACUGAAUUACACUGAAUCAAUUUGUAUGAUUGUGCAAAUGGUUCAAUUACAGAAUGUUUUUUUUAUUUCUGCUGUGCUUUUUUUAAGUUUAUCCUGAUGGACGAGUGUGUAUUUCCAUUCUACAUGCCCCUGGUGAUGAUCCCAUGGGGUAUGAGAGUAGUGCUGAAAGAUGGAGUCCUGUUCAGUCUGUAGAGAAAAUACUUCUGUCUGUUGUUAGUAUGCUGGCAGGUUAGUUAAAUUGUGAAUUUUUUCUGUCUAAAAAAUGAGAGUCCCAUUUUGAAUAUAGUCUCACAUGCAAUGGAGAGUAUCUCAUCUAGCUUUACAUUGAAUAUGGAAAGUAAUUUCAAUAUUUGAACUUGAACACUUAGUACCCUGUAAGUUCUAAUUCUGUGAAGAAAUUGUGUGGGAUCCUUUACAUUAUUAAGUGUUAUUUGUCUCUAAUCUCUCUUCUGCCUACCUAACUGUACUGGUAAGUUUGGACAGAUCAUUGAGGACAAUAAUUAUUGUCCAUCUAAGAAGUACCAACAAACCACAUUUUUACCUUUGAGUUAUUAUUUGUUUUAAGUUCUUUCCCUCAUUAUUGUUUGUCACAGAACCAAAUGAUGAAAGUGGGGCAAAUGUAGAUGCUUCGGUGAGUAUUAUUAUGAUUGGGUCAUUAUUUUAUUCCAGUGUGAAGGAGAUAUAAAAUGUUUGCUGUGGUUGUUUUCUCUUCUUUAUUCUGUAUGGUUUUUUAUUCUUGAUACUUUGAGGAACCCUCUUCAAGUCCAUAAUAGUUUUACAAGAUGUAAAUGUUGUGGUUCAAACUUAUUACGUUUGAAUAUUUUCUUCCGAGGUAAAAACAAUCUGAACCUCUGCGCGAGUUCUUUUUCUUUUCAGGUUUUAGACCUUAAUUCAUGUUUCCUUUUUUCCUCUUAGAAAAUGUGGAGAGAAAAUCGAGAAAAAUUCAAUGAAAUAUCAAGACAGAUUGUAAAGAAAUCUCUAGGUCUUCAAUAAGCAUGUGAAAAUGCUUAAUAUUCUUUAUUAGUGGUUGUUGCAUUGUAUAAAAAGUGAAUGCAAAAAGAAGUGUGAAACCAUUAAUGAGUUUAGGAUGAAAUUAAAAACAAAUGGGGCACAGGAACACAGACUGGUAGUGAGGACACAUACAAGAUCAUUUCCUUAAUUUUUUGUAGUUUAAUAACUAUAUAAAAAUUUAACAAUAUAAAGUUCUCCUAUUUAAAUAACAGAGCAUUUCUAUUAAACUUCUGUACCACUAUGAUGUCACUCCACUACAUGGCAGGCUUAUGUCUUCAUAAAGCCAAAAUCAGGAAAGUUAUUCUUCAAAUACUGUUCAGAAAAUAGGAAUAUUUACCAAGAGUAAUGGCAAUUAUUGUACUUUAGAAUUGAAUAUACUGAUGGAAAGCCAACUGAUAAUUGCCUUGAACUCUCUUGCACAAUGGCUUAAUUAUAUAUGUGUAAUUAAGACUGAUGAUUUUAGCAGAAGUUAAUAGUACUUGCUAAAAGUUAAAUACAAACUAAUUUUUAUGACAAAUUUAUGCUCUAUUUUUAAAAUUUAACCUAGCUGUAUACAAUCAUGGUGUUGAUGAGGUAAUGCUGUCUAUUCCAAUCAAUUUAACCGUUUUAAUUAAAAUUAAGCUGCACAUACCAUAGUGUACAAAGGUUUCUUUCCUUUGUUAGCACACUGUUUAAGGAGAAUGUUUUGACAUACAAAGUGGUGAAGAAACUUGUCAAAGAGAGUUGCAAAAUUUUUCUCCCACUGCUAACAAUUUCUUUGUAAACUACAGUGUAAAAACCAAAAUGGAAUCUAAUGAGGUUUAAAUAGUGCAAGAGGCAGAGGUAAAAAAGAGCAAAUAAAUAUCAGAGGAGUAGGAGUAGUUUUACUGUAUGUUUUGCCUGCAAGCACACCCCCAUUAUUAGGGUUGCAAGAUGCGUGUUUCUCUGCCUCACAGACCUCUCCCCCCUGCUAGGGUUGUUCCAGGCUUCAUACUUUCCUGCAGAUGAAGAAACACUUGUGCCAAAGUCCUAAUAAUGAGGGCCUAUGCAGAGGCUACUGUAUAUUACUCACAACUAGCUGUGCAGAUAUAAAAAUAAAAUAUUUUAAUCACCUAUUAUUCCAAUGUUAAACCAAUUUGCUUAUUUACACGUAGGGCUACAGAACAUGUAAAAUUUACAAUGGUGUUAUGCUGCAUGCCAGGGCUAGCCGCAUUGAAUAAUCCAAACUUUGAUUUGUUUACAUCCACUAGGUUUGACUAAUGAACUUUUAAGCAAUGCAGAUUUUAAGUUUCCUCAAGGACUCCUACAUGGUUUCAUUUGUGUUUUUAUAAAUUUUAUGCACACUUUCUACAAUCAAUAUGGUUCUCAGAUAAAGCCAAAAGAUAUAUGCUGCAAACUAGAUGCCAAAGUACUUAAAAAAUGAAUUCAUGGUGGAAUAAUGAAUCUCUUAUUUGAUGGUUUAGCAUAUAACAUGAGUGGAUAAAUUGCUUGUUACUCCCAUUUUUCCAAGCCCCAGUGCAGCUUGGAAAUAUACUACGCAACUGUUAAAAUAUCUGCCCUUCUAAUAUGUUAACCCAUCAGAUAAGGUGUGUAUCUUUAGCUAGUGAGGGAAAAUAUUGGUAAUAAAAGGAAAUGAAGUUUUUUACUACUAGGGAGAUAAUUGAUGAAACUUAUUUUGUGUAAAGCAUUCAUUUUAAUAAUUGGGGUUCAAAGACUUGUAUAAUGAUGGUGAAACUGUGAGAAAUUCACUUCUGGCAAUGGAACUUUUUUCAAACACUUAUGUCAGCAACAUCAGUGGUCUUGAGUUAUGAGAUAUUCCCAUAUGCAAGUGGAUAUAACCAACCAAAGUCAGGAAAUCUCCCUUAUGCUGGAUUUAUACGGGUGUUGAAACAAGAAAGGGAACAACUUUUGAUGGUGUUUAACUAUUAAAAGUUUUCCUGAAAAUGAUCAUUGCUGGUGUAAAGAAAACAGAUAUCCUCCAGUCACCAUGCUUUUGAUGACCCCAAUAGACCUCUUUAGCAUGUACUUGAAUUUUUUGUUUUCCCAUUUCAGGUCUCAAAGGAAUUCCCAGCUUUAUCUUUUGUAAAGUAUGUGUACUUAUGCUCAUGAAAUAGAAAAAAUUUUAAGGAAACAGUUCUCUAGAGUAUUAUCACAUGACCUGGAAUAGAUAAACAAAUCAUACAUUGUACAAGCUAAAGAGGUCUACUCCUUGCAUUUCAAAAUGAC